CUGCCACUUAAUUUCAAAUUCAUUUUCUUCCUUACUCUUCAGCCACAACCUAAAACCGACAGCCGCACCAUUCCUCAGUAUUCGAAAUGCAACUCUUUCCACGCGGAUAACCCAGUUGAACCCCAAGGAAUUCUCAAGAAUAGCCCAACGCAUUCGGAGCUUCAGACUUUGGCUGCGUUCGCGCAUCCAACUAGACAAACUGACUGCACUUCCGUUCCAUCCUCCAAAUCGGUCAAAUGUCGCAGUGAAGAACAACGCGGAAUUCUCAACGGUGUUACACACGGUUGCGAUUUGUUAGACAUAUUGCCAAAUGAAGACCGAUCUCCGGUUGGUGUUUUAACUGAAAUCAACGAACAAUCAGUGUCCAAUGAACCUAAUUUGUCGCAUGUUCCUCUGUCCGCUGGUGAAUUAGACGAGACACGAACUACUGUAGAACGCUCUCUAAAUGUUGACGGGGAACACGAACCAAGCGAAUCAUCCUACAGUAGCGUUCCCCUGGAACUUGCAUCAGAAAUAUCUGCAAUCGAGGAGGCAGAUGAUCCAGAGGACUUCGAUGAAUCCGACGCCUAUGCCUUCAUUCACAAUUUACCACCACUAUCUCCGGAACUUGCUCUCCAGCCUCCUGCCCUGCCAAAGCGGACGAGGUCGUCUCCAGAGUUCUGCCUGGUUUUGGAUCUAGAUGAAACUCUGGUUCAUUGUAGUCUCAAUCCCUUGGCCGAUGCCCAGUUCAUUUUUCAAGUCGUUUUCCAAGGUGUUGUCUAUAUGGUCUAUGUCCGAAUUCGACCCCAUUUGUACGAAUUUCUUUCUCGGGUUUCCGAGGAUUUUGAGGUGGUCCUAUUCACUGCUAGCACCAAGGUCUAUGCAGAUCGCCUUGUCAAUUUGAUUGACCCCAAGAAGAAAUGGAUAAAACAUAGGCUAUUUCGUGAACACUGCGUUUGCGUGAAUGGAAAUUACGUGAAGGAUCUUCGAGUAUUGGGUCGAGAUUUACGCAAGACUGUAAUAAUUGACAAUUCACCACAAGCGUUUGGAUAUCAGCUGGAUAAUGGCGUUCCUAUUGAGAGUUGGUUCGUAGACGCCAACGAUCGAGAGUUGCUCAAUUUGUUACCGUUCUUGACAGAAGUUUCGAAAGCGGAGGAUGUGCGUCCUCUCAUAGUAGACCGAUUUCGCUUACACGAGAAGGUUUUGGCUGCGGCCGCUUCCGGAAGCUGUAGCAGUAGUAGUAACACUCCACCAAGCUGA